AAGGCUUUAUAAAACAUAAAAGCAAAUUAGAUUUUCUAGAGAAAAUAGAAACUUCAUAUCUAUCAUUGCUGAUCAUAAACCUCUAGAUAUUAUUGUGAAUAAUUGAUUUUGAGUGUUUAUUUUGCAUCCAUGGAUACCAAGGAGGAUGUAUAAAUUUUUAGAGGCAAUACCUCCACCACCGGCGAAGUACACUUUAGAUGACUGGUAUUUUGACGUAAGGCAGAAAUAUCGACGAACGGAGGACCAACAACAAUUGGCCGACAGAGUUUUAAGUGAAUCAGAUCGAAUUCGAGAUGAAACGACCGAAUCCAGUGAACGAAACAAGAAGGAAGUAGAUCACCGAAUAAGUGAAAAAAUUAAGGACAUCGAAUUUUUCAAGAAAGAAGUCGAACGCGAACGCAAGGAAUGUAUGAUCGAAAUCGAAGCUCUGACCACUUACAGGAAUCGCUUAAUUCAAGCUCUAAAUGCCCUUUCCGAAACUGCUCUCAAACAAUGUCGAAAGUGCAUUAUUCUAAGAGAAGGUCGUUUAGGAAUUGAUCUUUGCCAAGACGACGUCGAAAGAGAGCUAAGAAAAGAAAUUGAAGUAAUUCAAGGUGCUCAGUGUUUACUCCAACGCACCAUGGAGGAGGCAAAUGAACAGAUUCGACGGCUUCGUUCCACUGUGUACUUUUUAGACCGUGACCACGAGGACAAGACAGCGGCAUUAAGAAUCGACCAAUACAACAAAAGUCUUAAUAACAACAGCAUGGCCCUCUCGAUUUACGAAGGGACUCAGCCCUUGAAUCCUGCAACAAUAACAUAUGAAGAAUACGUAGACUACACCUGCAAGAAUAUAGAUCGUGGUGCAAAGGAAAUAAACAGCGGAAGAAUAAUGAGGUCCUACGUGGAUACACUACUUAAACAGGUAACGACCGAUCUAAUGGAGCAAUAUAAUCGGGUAAAUGAAGCGUUUCGAAUACGUAUAUCAGAAAUUAGGGAAUCAAAAACUAAAAUGGAAGUUAAACAUGCCGAGACGCAACGGCAAGCGAACGAAAUGACCCUGAAUAUUACUGGUUUAGAAAAAGCGCUCUAUGAAAAGGAAUCCUUCCUGGCACUGGCACAUACAAGAUUGGGAAAUCGUGCCCAAAGACCUGGUAUAGAAUUUUGUAAGGAUCCAGUAGACGCUAAAUUAAUGUAUGAGGUUCGACAGCUUAAAGAGAAUACUCAUAAACUCCAGAAUAUGCUUCUGGAGUCGCAAGCAUCGCUUCGCUACUUACUGAGGGCUCAAAUUCAACUCGAAGAAGAUAUAAAUAUCAAAACAAACUCCUUAAAAAUAGACGAAGUCGACUGCUUAGGAUUGCGAGAAUCUAUGGACUACCAUUCAUAUUAA